AUGUUCCAUCAUACUCCCAAAAUCUCUACCUUUCUAAUAUCCUUCCUAUCUUCUGCUACUAUAUCCAUGUCCUCAAUUCCUACUCUACUUUCUCAUUCCAAUCUACUCCAUAUCUUAGUUAUGUUCUGCUGGUACUCCCAAGCCUCACGUCUCGUUCGUCCGGUAUCUCCACUCUGGCCACCUCUGUGGAACGUUCGCUCUGCUGACGCAGAAAUUUCCACCGGCCGGAAGUCCUGCAACCACUCCUCGCUGCUGCUUUCCCAACAGAGCACCCCUAAAAUUUUUCUAAAUAAUUUUUACUAUAUUUUUAUUUUCCCCUGUCAAUCUGACCUUUCCCAAUCCCUACUGUGCUUCUUCAUAUCCCAAUACUCUACUCCUGUCCAUCUUCUAUAUCUCUUAUACACUCCCACCUUCUACCCUAGUAUCUUUUACUCUUCCAACUACUAG